AUGGUUAGGCUAAGUGUGCCUGUGGCUGUGGUCAUGCCUUGGUUAGCUCUCCUGCUCAUGGCCGUGCUAGCUGCCCGGCUGAUCCAUUUGCUAUUGAUGAGAUGGAACAGCAGUAGCCCAUACAAGGUAGCAGGGGCGGCAGCUGCAAGGCUGCCGCCGGGGUCGAGGGGCUUCCCCGUCAUUGGCGACACGCUCGAGUUCUUCAGCCAAAGCCCAUCGCUCGAGCUGGUCCCCUUCUUCAAGCGACGUCUUGAGCGGUAUGGUCCAAUUUUUAGGACAAGUUUGUUUGGUGAAGACCUCAUAGUUUCCAUGGACAAAGAGCUGAACAACUUGGUGUUCCAGCGAGAGGAGAAGCUAUUCCAAAUCUGGUACCCGGAGUCGGUCAUGAGAAUCUUUGGAGCCGACAGCAUCAUCUCAAAACUUGGGUCCUUCCACAGGCACAUGAGGAGUCUAGUCCUUAGGCUCUUUGGCCCUAAAAAUCUCAGGCUAGUCAUGCUCCAUGAUGCUCAGCGAACGGUCCAGACCAGCCUGCUCUUGUGGCUCAAUCAACCCAGCAUUGAACUGAAAGAGGCAACUGCAAGUAUGAUAUUCAGCAUCACAUCAAAGAGGUUAAUCAGCUAUGACUCCUCAAACUCAGAUGGGAAGCUCUGGAAGCAAUUCGAUGCAUUCUUUCAGGGAAUGCUAGCAUUUCCACUCUACAUCCCUGGCACGGCAUUCUACAAAUGUAUGCAGGGACGAAAGUAUGUCAUGGCGACUUUGAGGAAGAUGCUAGAUGAGAGGAUGAGGGCAUCACAUCAAGAGAGCGCCGACUUUCUCGAUCUACUGAUCGAUGAUUUGAAAGAGGAGAAGCAUUUAAUGAAUGAGAAAAUUGCGUUGGAUUUGCUCUUCUUGUUGCUCUUCGCCGGCUUUGAGACCACGUCAUCCGCGAUAACUGCCACAGUCAAACUCCUAACAGACAAUCCGAAAGCGCUACAGGAACUUACAGAGGAGCACGAGAACAUCCGGAAAAGAAGGGUUGACCCUGACUCCGAAAUCACAUGGGAGGAAUACAAGUCCAUGAAAUUUACGUCUCAUGUCAUACACGAAGCAUUAAGGCUGAUUAACAUUGCUCCGAUAAUGUUUAGAAAAGCUACAGAGGAUGUUCAUGUAAAAGGUUACAUUAUACCAAAAGGAUCAAAGAUCAUGAUUAACCCUUCUAUUGUUCAUCUGGAUCCUACAAUUUACGAGGACCCCAAUGCAUUCAAUCCAUGGAGGUGGAAGGGUACUGCUGAACCAGUUAGUGGUGCCCCCAAGGAAUUCAUGGCUUUUGGAGGCGGGCUGCGGUUAUGUGUUGGUUCAGACUUUGCUAAGCUACAGGUGGCUAUCUUCCUUCAUUGCUUAGUUACUAAAUACAGAUGGAAUGUGAUCAAGGGAGGAACCAUGGUGCUUUCUCCUGGACUACAAUUUCCUGGUGGUUUUCACAUCCAACUUCUCCCAAAAGCUUGA